GCGGGGGCGGCGAAGAGCGCUCGCGCGGACUUCUCGGCUUUCUCGUGCGGCGCCGCCUCCCGCCGCGCCUCCGCCUCCUGCUCGGCCCAGCCGCCGGCUUCCUCCUCCCCAGACUGCCCUCAGCCCGCGCGCCAGCCGGCUCCGUUAUGGCGACCCGCAGCCCCAGCGUCGUGAUUAGUGAUGAUGAACCGGGUUAUGACUUAGAUUUAUUUUGUAUACCUAAUCAUUAUGCUGAAGAUUUGGAAAAGGUGUUCAUUCCUCGUGGAUUAAUUAUGGACAGGACCGAACGGCUGGCUCGAGAUGUGAUGAAGGAGAUGGGAGGCCAUCACAUCGUGGCCCUCUGUGUGCUCAAGGGGGGCUAUAAAUUCUUUGCUGACUUGCUGGAUUACAUCAAAGCACUGAACAGAAAUAGUGAUAGAUCCAUGCCUAUGACUGUAGAUUUUAUCAGACUGAAGAGCUACUGUAAUGACCAGUCAACAGGCGACAUAAAAGUAAUUGAUGGAGAUGAUCUCUCAACUUUAACUGGAAAGAAUGUCUUGAUUGUUGAAGAUAUAAUUGACACUGGCAAGACAAUGCAAACCUUGCUUUCCUUGGUCAAGCAGCAUAAUCCAAAGAUGGUCAAGGUUGCAAGCUUGCUGGUGAAAAGGACCCCUCGAAGUGUUGGAUAUAGACCAGACUUUGUUGGAUUUGAAAUUCCAGACAAGUUUGUUGUAGGAUAUGCCCUUGACUAUAAUGAAUACUUCAGGGAUUUGAAGUCAUGUUUGUGUCAUUAGUGAAACUGGAAAAGCAAAAUACAAAGCCUAAGAUGAGAGUUGAAGUUGAGCUUGGAAACAUCUGGAGUCUCAUUGAAAUCACCAGUAAAAUUAUCAAAUGUUCUAGUUCUGUGGCCAGCUGCUUAGUAGAGCUUAUUGCAUGUAUCUUCUAAGAAUUUUAUCUGUUUUGUAUUUUAGAAAGGUCAGUUGCUGCAUUCCCGAACUCUUUAUUUGCACUAUGAGCCUAUAGACUAUCAGUUCCCUUUGGGUGGAUUGUUGUUUGACUUGUGAAUGAAAAAUCUCUUAAACCACACCACUAUUGAAUGAAAAUAUUGAAAUUGUAUCUGUAAGAAACAAAGAGAAGAGUAUAUUAGUUUUUUAAUUGGUAUUUUAAUUUUUAUAUAUUCAGGAAAGAACAGAAGGGAUUGAAUAUUGUUAUUAUACCACUGUGUGUUUAGAAAAGUAAGAAGCAGUCAGUUUCACAUCAGUGACAGCAUUUAGAGGUAUCGUUAUGUUGGAUAAACCGUACAUCCUGGAAUUACUUUAGUAGGUUUCAGUAGUAGUAACUGUGUUUUUCUGCUUGUUCAGAUUAUUUCUGGUGGAUCUUUGUCAACAGUUCCUUUUAAAUAUAGGUCAAUAGGUUCCAAAAACCUACCACUUUUUGAAUUCUUCAAUGUAAAAAACCCUUAAAAUAAAGGCUGUCUCUUUAAAAGAAAAAAAAAAAA